AUGACCAAAAUAAAUGAUGAAAGCAAUUCUUCUUUGAUAACAGUGGAAGUAAAUGAAGCUGAGAGUGUUCCUUAUGAUACUUUUGUUGAAAAUGAAGCUUUAAAUAUUGAUACUAGUUUUGAAGAUAAUCUAAUGUCAGAAGAGGGAGAUGCAGCAACGGAUGGGGGAUCAUCGUUAAAAUAUGCUAAAAAUUUGGAACCAUGGUUACCUGAAGAACAAAAGAAAAAACAUAUAUUUUUAGUUAAUUGGCAUUAUCGUUGUAUGGCCCAUGUAUUAAAUUUAAUUGUUGGAGCAGCAUUUGAAGCAAAUGUAAUACCUCUACCUGUUAAAAAAUUACGUACUUUUAUUAAUAUGAUUAGAAAUUCUCCCAAACAAAUGAAUAAGCUAAAGGAAUAUUUUAGAAUUGAAAGUAUAGAUUUUAAAACACCUCUUCCUGAUAUUACAACUAGGUGGAACUUUACAUAUUUUAUGAUUGAAAGAGCCUCAGAAAUUAAACCUCUUUUAGCAUAUUUAGUUUCAACACCAUUUGCAUUAAUGACUAAAGUUAUAUUUGCAUCUAGUUACCCAACAAUUGCUCAAGUAUAUGAAAUGAAACGGGUCUUUGAUAUUUAUUUUGAUUAUAUUAAUCAAUCAUUACAUAUUCCAGCAUUUUUUGAUCCAAGGUAUAAAAAAACAGCUUAUAGAAAUAUGUCCUGA